AUGAAAAGAUGUUCUCCUGUCCUCAACACUGCCAAAGGAGUAGCUGUCGGUGUGGCUACCCUUCCAAUUUGGAGGGACCACAUCAAGACCUUGCUGAACUGGGACACGCCGUCAGCUCCUGAACUCGAGCACGUUCAUAGGCCGACAUAUGCCCUUGGCGAGGAGCUACCGACCGAGCCGGAGGUUCUAGUCUGUAUCCAAAAAAUGAAGAAUGGAAGAUCUGGUGGGGACGACGGGAUUAGCGUAGAAAUGCUGAAACAUCACCCUCCGUCUGGGAUUCGUGAGAUGACAAAGAUCAUCCGUUCAAUAUGGGCUGACGAAAGGAUGCCUGAUUCGUGGAGACACGCUAUCAUAAUUCCCCUCCACAAGAAGUUAUCCGUCACGGAUCCUAGAGACCGACUCAUUAAACAUCGCGAAGAAACAACGCGCGACGAGCAAGCUGGCUUUCGUUCUGGCCGAUCUACGAUUGAUCAGGCGUUCAUCGUCAGGAGAGUGAUCGAAGUGAUGGCAGCGGUACUCGAAGCCACUGCAAUUAGUGUUUCUGGACUUUGA